AUGUUUAUUACUUUUUAGUAAUAUCAGUGUUUAUCGGGGUUAUGUUUGUACGAACGUCUCCUUAUCAUAUAUUUUAGUAUUUUAAUAAAAUAAAUAAAGAAAUAUGCAAGGUUAGUAAUGAAAUGAAAUAAAAAUAUUACCUUCUACAUAAACCCAUAUCAUAUUUCUUUUAUUUCAUUCAAAUAAUUAAUUCUAAAAUACGCAAUAACAACAAUAUGAGCGCCUAUUCAAGGUUAUAAGGGAGAAAUUGAACAACUUUUUUGUGACAAUGUCUGCAUCUGUUGAUUAAAAUUUGAAACAUAAUAAGCUUCUAAACAAGGUCAACAGUUUUCAUCAACUCGUAGUCGACGAAAAUAAUUGAGAUUCAGUGUGUAAUAUGUCUAUACUCUCAAAGAUUGUACAUUUUAACAGUAAUCAUCUAAGUUACGAAUACAAGUGUCCGCGAAAAUGAUCCACACUUUGUUUUUCGCAAUCACAACGUUACAUGAACAUGGAUGACCUAAAAUGCGAAUACGUGAAGAAAAAGGAAUCUUGGAACUGUCAAAAGAAGUGCAAAGUAAAGAAAUUAUAAUGUUUAUUGCUUUGAUUAUCUGCAAUCAUAAAGAUGGUCGCAUCAUCGGGUAACCAUUCGUAAAUCGUUUGGUCACAAAGUGAAAAUGUGAUGUGUCAAACUGAUUGUUUACCUCGCGGACAGGUGAGCGGUUUGUAGAAGUGGUACGUGAGGGCGGCGGGAGGCGGACGGCAUGUCGGGUCGCACGAGCCCCGUGAACGGCGGUUUCGAGGCCGCGAACGCGGAGCCAGCGAUGAGGCUGACCGUCCGCAAGGACUUGUUCCCUGAUCCUCGCUUACCCAAGAUCAUUCCUGAUGCCGUCAGUUCGGAGGAAGUCGAUGACGUUUCCUGCGUCAAGCUCGAAACGGACUUCGAGCAGAGCAUUGAUGAGAUUGCCAAACAGAAACAGAUCGUCAAUGGAGCAAUGUCUUUACCAACGAAAACUCGCCAUCGGAAGCACAAACAGCAUUCGAGACGACACUCUGAGCGCGUCAACGGAUGUGUAUCUCCAGAGACCAAGCGGAGAAAAAGUUCAUCACAUGAAUCUAGCCCUAGAAGCCCUCCUGCCCAUGUCAAUUUGCACAGACAAGUGAAAGGCGGAAAAAAUCUGAAUUUAGUUAGUAGUAGUGAGUGUCAAGAUGAAGAUGAAGAUUGGGAAGAACCUGCAGAGGAAGAAGAAAGUUCUGAAGAUGAAGUGCUUAAGUGUAGUGUGAAGUUACCAUUAAUUAAUGUACCACGACAAAGUGGCAAACCAUACAGUCAUAAACUUAGUCAAUUAUCAACAAAAAAAAGUAAAAAGAACUCUUCAAAAGAGAGAAGAACUCAUACAGUGACUCCUUGUAGUGGCAAACCCAGGUCAAUGCUGGGUAUUUGUAGUUCUCGUAGCAAAAAGAAAUCUAAGAGGACCAGUGAGUGCACACCCACUUAUCGAAGUCAGAUAGUGGACACGGACACUAAAUUAAAAAUAAAAAUAAAAAGAACUGGCAUCAAAGAAACUACACAUGUUAAACCAACUUCAGUACCAAUUCCAUCGGUGACGUCCAUUUCGGACCUCGGGCAGAGAAAGUCUAAAAAGAAGAGAGUCGCUUCGCCAGUUCUAGUAAGCUCUGGCGAGGAAUAUGACCCUCGCGGUGAUGGCGCUGCAUCGAUAAGUGUCGGAGCCCCGAAACCGCGAAAUCCUCGUCCUAAGACGCCCAAAACAAAGAAAUCUAACAACAGUAAAAGUAAGGAUAAAAGUGAAAAGACUGAAAGAAGUAGAAUUAGUGGAGCUCAAGUUGAGGAUACUGGACCACAAAGCCCUUGGGCUCAAAUGCCUGAAGAAAUUCUUACAAAAAUUUUUGCUUAUGUUGUGUCCUCUCAGGGCACUCUUCCUACUGUAAUUAGAAUGGGUAAGGUGUGCAAGAAAUGGCAUAGUGUAAGCUGUAGACCUCAGUUAUGGAAAAAUGUAGAUCUAACGCAACACAUAAAAGAAAAAUGCAAAACUGACUUCAAAUUAGUUUGGCUUUUAGAAAACCGGCUCACUCAAUGUCAUAGUUUAAAUAUUGCUCAAUGGGAAGUGAGCAACAUAUCGUGGGUUCUUGCGUGCAUAGCGGACUACUGUCCUGGGCUGGUCGAGCUCAGCGUGGCAGGCUGGAGCCGUAUCACGCCCGAACAGCUGUUCUCGCUGCUGCAGGGGUUGCCUGAGCUGCAGCGGCUGGAUCUCUCACUCACGUCGGAGACGGGCGGGUCGAGCACAUGCCUUUCCGCGGCGUCAAUGGCCCGAAUUUGUGAAAAUUUCGGCUCUAGACUCACUCAUCUUACGCUCGCUAAUAACAAGUUUACUGCAUUACCGCAGAUUUUGUCCUCGGUUGCGGCUUACUGUGUGAAUCUAGAAGUAUUAGACAUAUCAGGCGCGCAAGCGAUCUCGCAUCCCGCAUCGGUGCCUCUCGAGGCGCUCCAGAAGGGCUGCCCCAAAAUGCGAGUGUUUCGAGCCGCCAACUCGCAACUCGUACUCGCCAACGCUACUACUGCACAACAAAUGGAAACAAAUGGCUGGACGCAACUAGAAGAACUGUCGAUUGCGGGGGAUGCGGCCACCGAGCGCAGCUGCGUCGGGGAGUACAAACUGGGGGACGAGGCUCUGGAGAGGAUGGUGCGUGGCGCCACCAGGCUGCGGUUGCUGGACCUGCGGGGGCUGCAGCGACUCACCGACUCCGGGCUGGUGCGGGUCCCGGCCUGGGAUCUACAGCAUUUGUUUUUAGGUGGUUGCAACGUGACGCGGCAGAGCAGCGCCUGCCUGGAGCUCAUCUGCGAGAAGUGGUCGCACUCGCUGCUGGAGCUGGACCUGUCGUGGGCCUCCGCCGCGCGCGUGCUGGACGACGCUGUGGCCGCGCUCGCCGACUGCCACUGCAGCAAGCUCAGAAUACUCAAUCUAUGCGGGUCUUCUGUGUCAUUGGAGCCUGUUAAAAAAGUUCUACUGAAAUGUCCGCAUUUAGAAUCAAUAAAUCUUAGUUCAUGUCGAGCGCUACCAAGGGGCAUGAAACGGUUAUACACAGGCAAGGAAUUGCAAGACCUUAAAGACAGUCUUGACCCAGAAAAGGCUAAAACUAAAGAGGAGAAUGAGAACGAUAAGACAAAGAAAAAGAAAAAAGAUGUUAAAAAAUUUGAAGCAGAUUCAAAGUAUGAUAUUGAAGCAAACAUUUCCCCGAAAGAAAAUACGGGCGAUGGGUCGAGCGUCAAACUAGAACAGAAAUCCCAAGAAACGUCUUCCUCUUCUCUUUUCCAAGAGCCUAAGUCCGUAUCAGAAUCGCCAAUUUCCAGGCAAGUGCAGUCUACAGGCUCGACAAAGUCUUCACCAGAUAGCAAAAGUACAGAGCUAUCCAUUAGCAAAGAUGCUCCCGAUAAUUCUCAGGUUAACAAGCAAUUUACUGGAAAUACCACGCCCAAACUGUUAAGUCCCCUCGGACAAUCUAGGCCAGAUUCCUCUUCCACUCCUCGAUCUGAACCUGGGAAAUCUGAUGUAGGCAGCCCAUAUUUUAGUCCUGUCCCAAAACCUGAUAGCCAGGUGCUCAAUAGCCCUGAAGUACAUCCAGAAUCAAUUAAAAGCAAUUCCUGGAAUUUAGGACAGUUUAAGACGACUCCUACUCACAAAUCUGAGGCGAGUCCUCUGAAUAGAUUAGAGAGUCAUACGAAAUUGAAACAUGGAAAAGUAAUCGAACAAUGCAGUCCCACCACUUCCCAUGAAAACAAGCCUAGUCCAGAGACACUAAGCGUCAAACAGGACAUAAAAACUCCCAAUUGGAGCUACGGAAGCCCCAUGCCCCGUCAAGACAAUCAGUUUUCUUCUCAAAGAAGUCCAUAUUCCGCUCAGCCGAGCCCCGCUCAGCCUAGCCCUUACUCGACUCAGCCGAGUCCGUAUUCCACGCAGCCGAGUCCCUACUCCUCCCAGCCGAGUCCGUACUCCGCCCAGCCGAGUCCGGAUACGAGUCAAAUGGGAAAGGCCGAUAUGCAGAAAUCUGGCGCCUGGAACCCUGGCAACUACAGUCCCAUGCCUAAGCAGCACGCGCCGUUCUCUCCGCACCCGUCGAGCCACGCCAGCCCCGAGCCCGGCGCCGGGCUGAAGUCGGAGCUGCGCGCGCAGCACAGCCCGCGGCCGCGCCACGAGCGCCUGUACUCGCCGCGGCCCGGCGCCGACGGCUACGGCAACAGGAAGAGCCCCGGCUGCGGCGGCUACGGCCAGCCGCCGCAGACGGCCGCGCGCGCGCCCGAGCCCGCGGACGCGGCGCUGGCCGCCGCGUGGACGCUGGACCGCUUCAGCGCGGCCAGCAUCGAGCAGCUGGUGUGGGGCGCGCCCGCGCUGGGCUCGGCGCCGCCGCCGCCCGCGCCGCCGCUGUCCACGCCGCCGCUGUCCACGCCGCCGCCGCAGCCGUGGGCGGGCGACCCGUGGGGGCUAGGCCAGUUCCGCGCGGAGCCGCCUGCGCUGGACGCGUUCGUGGAGCAGAGCGUCAGUUUCGACGCGCACGUGCUCCAGAGCUACCUGGACGAGAGUUUCGCGGAGUCCUCCCGCGCGGACUGACGCCGCUCCCGCCGCCUCCGGAACUCCGGGUGAACUUGGAACGUUUCAGAACGAUCGUGUACACUUUGUAUAUAAUGUCGAUUAGUUAGUUUUAAGAGUAACGAAGCUAGGAGUGCGUUAAGAUUAUUUUGCAGCCCGUAAUUUAAGGAAAGAGCAAAUUAUAUUAGAUAAAUAAUAAUAGUUCUUCGAUAUUGUUGAAUUAUACUCAUGAGUUAGAUUUUAGAAGGAGUCUUUAUUUGAAUGCCAAAAUCUGUAUACAUACCGAGGCCAAAAUGAAUAUUUAUUUCGAUUUUUUAUUUGUUGUAACUAUUGAUUUAGUGUUUCGUAAAAUAUUUUUUAUGAUAUUUAUGAAGUUUUCGAUGCAUAAUCAAUUUAUCAGUGAAAUGAACAUUCCUUUAUAUACAUUUUCAAACUUAUUCUGAAGAUUGUGGUAUUACGAAGUUAGCAAAUGCGUGUUAUAUCGUCAUCUUGUUAGACGCUUUAGAUACUGUUAACAAAACUAAUUGUUGGCAAUGCUUGUAUUGCACCCAAAUAGUACACAUUAACAUGCAAAUUUCGAGCAGCUAUAUAAUAAGAGUAACUAGAGUCUUAAUAUUUUUUCUUAAUUACUCAAUCUCGAAUUAAGGUCUAUUUAUUAGCUUGGCAGCACUAGUAGUUAUGACCCUAACAUUGAUGGCAACCGGGGAACUAUUAUUGUACUGCGCUAGCCCAAUAUUUUUACUCGACUAAUUCCUUUUAUUUAUAUUUUAUAUAAGAAAUCAAAUAAAUAACUCUUUUUCAUAGCCUUAUAAAGGGGAUUUUAACUUGUGUGACGCCAAUUCUACGUAUGUUUUAGCUUCUAACCGGGUUUUUACUUUUUUACUAUUAUUUUCGCACAUUUAUUUUUCCCAUAACCAUAUAACGAAUAUUUAAAUCAGUUGCGAUAAAUAUUAUUGACAAAUGGCGAAUAUUUUAAAAUUUUUAACUAACUGUACAAUUCCGAUUAUUUAAUUUACAUUUGGCACAAAGAAUCUCACACAAAUGUCUCUAAUAUGCUGUUUUGGGUGUAAUAUUUGACACAUAUUUUUGGUUUUACAUCAUUAUUUUAUUAACUUAUUCUUUUUUAGUUGUGACGCAUUUCGUGUGAUUUUCUUUAUUUAUUGGAGUGAUCACUCAUGACAACUUUAUAAGCUCAAUAUAAGACCUAAAACACAACGAUGAACGCUGUAGCGAUUAUUUCAAACGCACUUAUAUCGGUGUCUAUCGGAAGGGGAUAAUACAUAAUGUGUACACAAUAUGUUCUACUGCUACAUACUGUUCCAGUAUACAUUUAGGCAGUUAGUUCUCGGGUUCAAUCUCCGAUAAAAAUCCGGAACGAAAAAAGGGUUUAUCCAUUUACUACGUCAAAAAUGUGAAUGCUAGAUCGGAACAUUGCAUUGGAAUUUGGCAAGAGUAGCUGGCGAGUUUAACAUUACCUUAAUAAUAAUAGUGAUUUCUCAUUAUUCGAAACUACAUAUUACACUACAUAACUACAUAAGCGCAGAUUAUUUUUGGCAUACUUAACCGAACUUUUUUUUCUUUGCGUGUCGACGCUCUCCAACGAUAUCAGAAGAUAGCGAACUAUUCUUAUGACAGUCAAUAUCAACAUUUUGAAUGCUUCUAUAGGUCUUUUAUUCUUCCGAUAUGUACAACGUGUCGCUUGGUUUUAGAUCUUAAUAGUAAUACAAGAUGUAAUGGUACUUUAUGUAAAUUUUAUGUGAUUGGGCCCGAAAAUGCCUUAUGCUACACCUAAAAAGCAAUGGAUAUAAUGCAAUUCCGAUAUAAUAAUAUGCUCAACCAGAUUUCUGCAAAUUUAAAAUAAAUAAAAAAACUAUUUAAACAGAAUUGCAUUGUAGCAUCACAAAUUGAUCUUUCAAUUGAAAGCCAAGUACAAAGUGCUUUGUAUAAAUUAUAUGUUAGAUAGAUAUUUCAUGUUGUAUCUGAACACAAUCCACCAAAUAUUGUUUCCAAUACCUGCAUUAGCCUUAUUAAAUGCCUAAUGUUUAAACUGAAGAGAAUAUUUUAUAGUUUUAUUAACUUAUUACAAAGUAAAGAAUAUUAUCUACUUUACAUAGAAUGUAUAAAAUAUAAUAUUAGGUAAAUAUUAUGUUAAAUCGUGUACCAUAGUAUGUAUAAAAUAAAGUUGACUAAUGUCUGUAAGUUCUGUUAUGUAGAGAUUUUUGUUUGUAAUAUUGUUACACUACUGUGUGGACUUCUUACAGAUGGUCCAAUUUUUAUAAUCUAACCAAUAAAAUAUUGAUGUGGUUGUA